GGCCAUAUCCCUCCCUCCCGGAAGCCGAGCCGUCCUUUCCCCCGCAGACUCCAACAUGGCCAGAGGACCGAAGAAGCACCUGAAGCGCGUCGCCGCGCCGAAGCACUGGAUGCUGGACAAGCUGACCGGAGUCUUCGCUCCUCGUCCCUCCACCGGUCCCCACAAGCUGAGGGAGUGCCUGCCCCUGAUCAUCUUCCUCAGGAACCGCCUGAAGUACGCCCUGACCGGGGAUGAGGUGAAGAAGAUCUGCAUGCAGAGGUUCAUCAAGAUCGACGGCAAAGUCCGCACUGAUGUCACCUAUCCUGCUGGAUUCAUGGAUGUUAUUAGCAUCGAGAAGACCGGUGAGCACUUCCGUCUCAUCUAUGAUGUGAAGGGACGUUUCACCGUCCACCGCAUCACCGCCGAGGAGGCCAAGUACAAGCUGUGCAAGGUGAAGAAAAUCAUCAUCGGCACUAAAGGAAUCCCCCACCUGGUGACCCACGACGCCCGCACCAUCCGCUACCCCGACCCGCUCAUCAAGGUCAACGACACCGUCCGCAUUGACCUGGACACCGGCAAGAUCACAGAUUUUAUCAAGUUUGAUACCAGUAACCUCUGCAUGGUGACUGGUGGUGCUAACUUGGGGCGUAUUGGUGUGAUCACCAACCGGGAGCGUCACCCUGGCUCCUUUGACGUAGUGCACGUCAAGGACAGCACAGGCAACAGCUUCGCUACCAGGCUCUCCAACAUCUUCGUCAUCGGCAAGGGCAACAAGCCAUGGGUGUCCCUGCCCAGAGGAAAGGGUAUCCGUCUGACCAUCGCCGAGGAGAGGGACAAGAGGUUGGCCGCCAAACAGGGCAGCAGCUAAACUGGCCACAAAAAACAGAUUACCUGACCCCUGGUUUUCAAAUAAAUGUUAUUUACAAAACA